AUGUCUGGGACACAAAGGAGCGUCUAUUUUGGCGAAGAACAUGCACGGAAUGGUAGUCUUUUGCGUGGCAUUCUUGACGAACAGUGUGUCGUUUGGCUUGGUUCCCAAGCAAACCAUACUAUACCUACCUUUACUCACAAACUUCGCGAUACGAUAGUUUUUCUAGAUACGUCGAUCGAUUGUACCAAUCAUAUUACUUCAUCGGAAUCCUCAGUUGUUCUUAUUAUAUCCGACGAGUAUGCGAUCCAUCAAAAAACAAUCGAAGAUAUGCUCAGUGUAGUUCAAGUGAAAAUGAUCUACGUCGUUAUCGACGAAUCUCAAUUGAGUUCGAGUUCUAGUACACAAUUGCUUUCGAACCAAAGAAUCGAAUACAUUUUUGACGAUGCAUCGACUAUAAAUCAAUGUUGGCAUCAAGUGCGGAAUUGGGUAUUAAAUCGAAUCAAUCGUCCCAAUGGGCAUCAACCCGCAGAGAUAAGAAUCGAUAGAAAUUACUAUAUCUGGAAAGCUAUUCAACAUGCUGAACGAGCUGUAACAGAAGACCAAAAUGAGAAUUAUCUAGUCGCCGAAAGAUCCUAUAGGACGGCAGUAAGAUGGCUUGCGCAUUCAUUAAAAUACAUUACAUUGACUGAUCAGAUGAAACAACAAGUCCAAGAAAAAUUAGAUAGCUACGCUAGUCGAGCAGACACGAUCAGAAGUAGUUACAAUGAGGAAUCAGUUGAUAUUAUUGUACAAGACUGUGAUAGUUUGACAAACGAAAAUAAUAAAGAGAUAUCAGCUUCAUAA